AUGAAGGCAUUCACACUCUUCGCCCUCGUCGGCGCCGCCGCCGCCGACCUCACCUCCACCGGCGCAUCCCUACUCCUCAACGACAUCUACUACUUCGUGUCUCCCUUCUCCCAGGGAAACCCCUCAAACUCCUCCUCCUUCAACAUCAAAUCCCUCCCCCGCGCCUUUGGCUUCACCCCCGUCACAGUCGUCGCCGAACCCCUCCCCAAAUCCUCCCUCCCCUCCCUCUUUGCGAACUGGUCCUCCCAAGACGACGUCUGGCAACCCGCCUUCCUCGGCGCAAUCUUUCUCGCCGGCCUCGACACGCCGUGCCUCACAAAAGAAAGCUAUGACGGCACAAAUAAGACCCAGUCCAUCGUCGCGCCCUUGGUCAGCACCGCCGGCAGUAAUAUCCCCUCGGGCCCAUACUUCCUCGACACAAUCACUGGCGCCCUCCACCAAGCCUACCGUCUGUACCCAGACUACGCAGGCGCCUUCUCCGAGUCCCUCCUCCAGAAGCCCGAUACCACCUUCCAGACCCUCUCCGCCCAGGUGCCCGCCUCCGCCUCCCUUACCAUCGGCGUCCCCUCCCGCCUCUACUCUCUCUCCGUCCGGUCCCCCGAGAAGCCCCUCGCCGGCGUCCGCGUAGGUGUAAAGGACAUUUACGACCUCGCGGGCGUGAAGAAAUCCAACGGCAACAGAGCCUGGUACGCAUUCUACCCGCCCGCGACCUCCACCGCACCCUCAAUCCAAGCUUUACUCGACGCGGGCGCCGUGGUGGUGGGAUACCAGAAACCCUCGCAGUUUGCAAACGGCGAAACGGCGACGGCGGAUUGGGUGGAUUACCACUCUCCCUUCAACCCGCGCGGCGACGGCUACAACGACCCCUCGUCAUCGUCCUCUGGCGCCGGAGCCUCGAUAGGUUCGUAUGAAUGGCUGGAUAUCGCUGUUGGCAGCGACACGGGCGGUUCCAUCCGCGGCCCGUCUGCGGUGCAGGGUCUCUUCGGAAACCGGCCUUCGCAUGGGCUCGUUGGGUUGGAUGGUGUGAUGCCGUUGUCACCUACCCUCGACACCGCCGGCUUCUUGACGCGGGAUCCGUACAUUUGGGAUGAGGCCAAUAAGGUGCUGUACGGGGCGAACUAUACAUCGCUGGUUGAGACCGAGGCGGGGGUAACGUACCCCAAGACGGUGUAUACGGUUGACUUCCCUACCGACGAUGGAGCCGCCGCGCAGAUGCUGAACAAGUUUGCGGAGGACCUGGGUGCGUUCUUGGGCGCCAAGGCGACGGCGCUGAAUUUGACGUCGGCUUGGGCUGAGACUGGUCCCGAGGGUGUGCGGAAUCAGACGCUGGAUGAUGUCCUGGGGUUGACAUAUGCCACGCUCAUCACCAAGGAGCAGACGCCGCUUGUGCGUGAUCCGUUUUAUGCUGAUUAUGCCGCCGCUCACAACGGCCGCCUCCCGUUUGUGAACCCCGUCCCCCUCGCACGAUGGGGCUGGGGUGAUAGGCAACCCGCCAGCGCCCUUGACGACGCAAGAGCCAACAAGACGCUCUUCAUGGACUGGUUCAACACCGAGAUCCUGCCUCCCUCUACCCCCGCCCUCAACACCUCCACAUCGACAUCGACAUGCUCCUCGUCCCUCCUCAUCUACGUAGGUUCAUCCGGCCGCGCCUCCCUACGAAACCGCUAUCCAACGACCACGACGCCCACCCCGCCGCUUGGCUUUUCCAACGGUCGGCUGAGCGUCUUCAGCGGAGCGCCGGACCAUGUUUUCCCCCUGGGAGAGGUCGGUAGCGUGAGUUCUGUGACGAACGUGACGGAGAUGUUGCCUGUUACUGUGGAUGUCAUGGCGGCGAGGGGGUGUGAUGGGUUGAUUGUGCGGUUGGCUCAGGAUCUGGUGGAAACUGGCAUUUUGAAGGUGCCGUUGGCUGGGGGAACGCUUGCUGGGGGUGAGGUUUUGAUGAGGCGGGAUGUUGAAGAGUGGUUUUGA